AUGGCGCGUGUACUCGUUCUGAGCUCUCUGAGCCUUACAGGGAUCUCGGCUAUACCAUCCCUGAGCUGCGUACAAUGGUCCGACGACGGCCAGCUUCUAUUGCAAACCCGAAAUGCACUAUAUAUAAUGAGUCCCGAGAUGGGCAUAAGCUUAGGCACGCUGACAUCUGCCAUACGACAGACUCCGGACGCGCGGAACGGACAAGGGGGCUCCAGGCUCUUCCGAUGGCGCAAGACCGUGAUCUCUCAGAGGGGGGGCUGUACGCAUCAAUGGCCCGUCGAUUGCCAAGACUUUGCAGCGGUCUCUCUGGGAUCCAUUGAUCCGGUGCUGAGAAGAGUUGCAGCCUCUCCAAGUAAUGUCACUGCUGAUGCUGGAUGUCUUCUGGCUGUGCUUAACUCUAAUAUGGAGCUAGCCAUAUGGGGACCUGUGAAAAACAGGCUCAUAGGAGAAUGGACCCAGGCAGGUCUGUUUUUAAUAAUGGACAUAUAUCCAACAGGUAUCGAGUGGUCCUCUCAAGCCGAUUUUGGUCUUUCACCUGCGCCGCAAAUAGACGGCUCACUCCUUGCAGUGGGCAAUAGAGCGGGUUCUGUGAGCUUUAUACGUGUCAACGUUGACGGCACUUAUGAAUCCCGUCCGGUGGCCAACAUUACACUGAGUGACAGAUGGCUGACUCACGUCGCCUGGUCUUCGUGGAGACUGUCUGAGAGUCUCAAAUGCGAAGCCUUCGUGGCAUGCGGCGUGGGUGAUGGUUCCAUUGUUCUCGUCAAGGUUGUCCAGGAUGUCCGGCCCAUACCCGCUGCCGCGGGAUUCUUCCCGAUUUACGAAUUGCAAGCAACGUUCGAGGUCCUGGAUAUCAGACCAUCCGAUAGCAAUGGUCGAGGUAUCACCGGUAUGCACUGGGUCGACCCCGUUCUGGUAUUUUUCACAGCCGGAUUCGUUCAUCUCUAUUCGCAUGUUAACUCCGAUGAAAUCUGGUCGGGUGGCCGAGCAAUCCCGCUCCAUACCACGAGCCUGGCCGUCAGUUCCUCCACACUGUGCCCUCCUUCUGGAGUCACCUAUGUCCCCAGCGACGAUAUCCUCGUUGUUUCUCUCACUGAAGGAUCAUUCCACGUCAUUUACUCCCUGUCGACUGAACCUACCGAUGUCCCUCCAUCAAGCAAAACCACAUGUACGAGUACGGAGAUGUCCCGCGCAUGUCGUCUCGCAUGUUCAGAAGUAGAGGCCGAAACCUUGUCGUGGAAGGACGUGAACCGUAUUCACGGCUUCGCAUCCUAUGAUUAUCGUGGAACUUACGUUUGGCUGCACGAGAUAUGUCAACCGGCGGACUUCAGUUACAAACAUGACGCGAAACACGUCAGUAUGUUGGUUGUAGCUCAUCUACAGGAGGAGCCGGGAGAUGACGAACUCGUUGGGUAUAUCCAACACCGUAUCCGAAGUUCGAAGGCUUACACGGGACAGACGCCCGUAGCCUUACUCCGUCCCGACUUCUUGCAUCUGCGCGAGAGCAAGAAGCUGUCACGGAUAUUGCCUGAUAUCAUCCGUGUACUGGAUUCCACGUCUCCAGGUGACGUAGUGCAAUUUGAAGUUGCGGACUAUGAGGGGGAAUUAUCGGCCGAUAUCCGCAACGAGUUCAUGAAAAGUCUGUCAACACAUCUCUUCGGGUGGGAUUCUCUCUUCAGGCAACGCGCGCUGUUAGUUCUGGGAGAAUUUUGCAAGCAGCUGUCGACUCAGAGCCUCGCAACUGCCUGCAGUCACAUAGUCUCUAGGAUAUGGUGUCAUGUUCUUCACGCGCUGAUCCGACAUAUGAGAGGCAUAUUCAGGCUGGUGACCGCUGCGGAUGUCCCCUUCUUGCUCAAACUUACUUGGAAUUCCACGCUUCCAUCUAUGCCUACAACUCUUGUCCAACAAGCUGAAGACCUCAAAAGAUUGAUCAGGACUGUCGUACCUCACGAAGCAUGUUCUGACCAACAAGGUUUGAGUGACCUUUGCCCGGCAUGCCAUACUCGGAUUACUAUCGAGGAUAUAUCAACGGCAGCAUGUCCCAACGGCCAUGUUUGGUCGAGAUGUUCCAUAACGUCAUUUGUUCUUGCUACGCCUGUCGUCCGAACUUGCAUUGGCUGCCAUCGCAAGGCAUUCCUCCCGCCCUCGCAAAUGACUGACCCGCGCUGGCUCCCCGUCGAGGUUCGGGAUAGUUGGCUGGUCGCGGACUUGCUGGAAGCUGUACGACGGUGUCUUUACUGUGGCAACACCUUCGUGACGUUGGUGUGA